AUGGUGACUGAAGGGGCCGUGAACACAGACGUUCUGCUCAGUCCGGAUCAUAACCACAUCGUCUCCAUCUGCUCAGCCUCAGACUGCAAUGUACGAGUAUUUGUAGAUUUAGCAAAGGAUGGGGGAGGGGGAGGUGGAAGGGGGAGGAGGGGGAGGUGGGGGAGGAGGAAGGGGGAGGUAGGAGAGGACGAAGGGAGAGGAGAAAGGAGGAGGUGGGGGAGGAGGAAGGGAGAGGACGAAGGGGGAGGUAGGAGAGGACGAAGGGAGAGGAGAAAGGAGGAGGUGGGGGAGGAGGAAGGGAGAGGACGAAGGGAGAGGAGAAAGGAGGAGGAAGGGGAGGUGGGGGAGGACAAAGGGGGAGGUAGGAGAGGACGAAGGGAGAGGACAAAGGAGGAGGAAGGGGAGGUGGGGGAGGAGGAAGGGGGAGGUUGA